AAAAAAAAACCUCAAAAUAAAUCAAAGACCUAAAUGUUAAAGCCAAAACUAUAAAGUUCCUGAAAGAAAACUUGGGGACAAAAUUAUGAGACCUAACUUUUUUCAGUAACGGAUUACCAAACACAACUACAAAUGCAUGAGCAACAGACGACAAGUUAGAUAACUAGAACCUCCUAAAAAUUAAAUGCUUAUGCUCAUCAAAAAACUAUUAAAAGAGUAAAAAGACAACCUACAGAUUGGGAAAAAAAACUUUGGGAAUGAUAUAUCUGAUAAGGGUCAAAUCUCUAAAAUAUAUAGAAAACUUCAGCAACUCAACAUCAGAAAGACUAAUAGCUUAAUUUAAAAAUAGGCAAGGGACAUGAACAAACACUUCACCAAAUAGGACAUUCACGUGGCCAACAAACACAUGAAAAGUUGUGAUCAUUAGCCAUUAGAGAGAUGUGAAUCAAAACUACAAUGAUAUAUACCCUCUCACCCCUGCAAAAAUGGCACUGAUCAAAAAAUAGAAAACAACAAAUGCUGGUGAGGUUGAGGGGAGAUUGGAACCUUGCUCCACUGCUAGUGAGAUUGUAAAUUGGCUCAACCUCUAUGGAAAACGGUAUGGUGCUUCCUCAAAAAUCUAGAAAUAGAAAUACACUAUGAUCCAGCAAUCCCAUUCUAGGCGUAUAUGCUAAAGAACUAAAACUACUGACACAAACAGACAUACACACUCAUGGUCCGUGCAGCACUGUUCACAAUAGCAAAAAGAUGGAACCAACCUAACUGCUCAUCAGCCGAUGAAUGGGUCAACAAACUGUGGUACAUACACACAAUGGAAUACUAUACUGCCAUAAAGAAUAAUGACAAGUUCUCAAAAUACAUUAUAACAUGGAUGACUCUGGAGGACAUUAUGCUGAGUGAAUUAAACCAAUCACAAAAGGGCAAAUACUGUAUCAUCUCACUAUUAUAAAAAGAAAAGAAUAGUUACACAUACAGUAAGCAACAUUCUUUGGUGGUUACCAGGGAUGGGAGGGAAAAAGAGGGAGAAUCACUUUCUAGAUAGUUGAUGCUUGUUAGUUUUGGUGAUGGGUAAGGUAAUACUGAAUAAGGAUGAAGUCAGCACAACUUGACCAAGGUAAAUGAUCACACAAAGAAAUACACAAGAAUAAGGGGUGAUUUUGGUAAAAAGCCACAACAUAUAAAAUUUUGCAACAACAGUAGUAACAACCAAAAAAAUAUGUGCAUGGUUACAUGUAGAUGUGUGUACUUAUAUAUGUAUAGGUAAAAACAAAAAACACACCUCUAACCAGAAGGCUGGAGGUUCAAGUUCACCCAGAGAUACCUUGGAAGAAAGGCCUAGUGUUCUAAGUCUGAAAGGCCAUCCUUUGAGAACUCUGUGGAGCACAGUUCUACUCUGACACGCAUGGGGUUAAGUUAGAAUCUACUUAACAGCAACUGGUAAAAGUAGUAGAAUAAAUAUCUUAAAAAAAAAACCAAAGAAACCCACUGCCGUUGAGUCGAUUCCAACUCACAGCGACCCUAUAGGACAGAGUAGAGCUGCCCCUUUGAGCUUCCAAGGAGGACCUGGCGGAUUCAAACUGCCGACCUCUUGGUUAAAAACUGUAGCGCCUAACCACUACACCACCAGGGUUUCCAUAAUAAAUAUCUUAGGAUUAUAAUAUGUUGAUAACAAAUUUAAAAUGAGUGCGUAUUUGAAUUCAAAAGUUUACUUCAGAUAACGUGGCUACAGAUUCAACCAGGAAUGGACAGCUAGAAAAAAACUUCGUCCAAAUGAAUUUCUCUGGUAUUUCAUAACCCAGGGAUUUAAAGUCUUCCAUUUUAGGAAGCUCUUGAACAAUCUCCUUGCUCUGAUAAUUCUAAAUACUGUACAGUUCACACCUCUCACAAGACUCUGAACAUGUGGGUUACUGACGAGACAGUGUGGCAAUAUUUUUCUUGUAAUGUACCAAGUCUUGCCAAAGCAGUGAGCAGCAUUAUGACACCACGUUUUGUCACAGCUGGCUCCCUAACAGGAUGGUGCCAGCCAAUUCAGGCCUGGUCCUUUCUGUGUUUAUUCCCACUUCUCCCAAAUAUUUGGAAACUGGUGUCUUGAUUCACUGGUGUAUUCACAUGUUUUAUUACUGCAAGUCUUUUUCGUUUACCGGAUUGAUUCUUUGCGAGGAAUAGACAAAGUAUCAUUGUGAAUCACAGCGAAUCUCUUUUCCGUGCUGGUAUGGGUGAAACUCUGGGAGAUUCUCUCAUUGACCCUGAGAGCUGUUGCUUCAGUGAUACACUGUCUGCAAGCACUUCACAAGGAAUUACCAUGGUUGACACCGAGAUGCCAUUUUGGCCCACCAACUUUGGAAUCAGCUCCAUGGAUCUCUCUGUAAUGGAUGAUCACUCUCACUCCUUUGACAUCAAGCCCUUCACCACUGUUGAUUUCUCCAGCAUUUCUACUCCACACUAUGAAGACAUUCCCUUCACGAGAGCUGACCCAGUGAUGACUGACUAUAAGUAUGACCUGAAGCUCCAAGACUACCAAAGUGCAAUCAAAGUGGAGCCUGCCUCCCCACCUUAUUAUUCUGAAAAGACCCAGCUCUACAAUAAGCCUCAUGAAGAGUCUUCCAACUCCCUCAUGGCAAUUGAAUGCCGUGUCUGUGGAGAUAAAGCUUCCGGGUUCCACUAUGGAGUUCAUGCUUGUGAAGGAUGCAAGGGUUUCUUCCGGAGGACAAUCAGAUUGAAGCUUAUUUAUGAUAGAUGUGACCUUAACUGUCGGAUCCACAAAAAAAGUAGAAAUAAAUGUCAGUACUGUCGAUUUCAGAAAUGUCUUGCUGUGGGGAUGUCUCAUAAUGCUAUCAGGUUUGGGCGGAUGCCACAGGCUGAGAAGGAGAAGCUGUUGGCAGAGAUUUCCAGCGACAUCGACCAGCUGAACCCAGAGUCUGCUGAUCUCCGGGCCCUGGCCAAACACUUGUAUGACUCAUACAUAAAGUCCUUCCCGCUGACCAAAGCAAAGGCGAGGGCCAUCUUGACAGGAAAGACAACAGACAAAUCACCGUAUGUUAUCUAUGACAUGAAUUCCUUAAUGAUGGGAGAAGAUAAAAUCAAUUUCAAACACAUCACCCCCCUGCAGGAGCAGAGCAAAGAGGUGGCCAUUCGCAUCUUUCAGGGGUGUCAGUUCCACUCGGUGGAGGCUGUGCAAGAGAUCACAGAGUAUGCCAAAAGCAUUCCUGGUUUUGUGAACCUUGACUUGAAUGACCAAGUAACUCUUCUAAAAUAUGGCGUCCAUGAGAUCAUAUACACAAUGCUGGCAUCCUUGAUGAAUAAAGAUGGGGUUCUCAUAUCAGAGGGCCAAGGAUUCAUGACAAGGGAGUUUCUAAAGAGCCUGCGGAAGCCCUUUGGUGACUUUAUGGAGCCCAAGUUUGAGUUUGCUGUGAAGUUCAAUGCACUGGAAUUAGAUGACAGCGACUUGGCAAUAUUUAUAGCUGUCAUUAUUCUCAGCGGAGACCGCCCAGGCUUGCUGAACGUGAAGCCCAUUGAGGACAUCCAGGAAAACUUGCUGCAAGCCUUGGAGCUCCAGCUGAAGCUGAACCACCCCGAGUCCUCUCAGCUAUUUGCCAAGCUACUCCAGAAAAUGACAGACCUCAGACAGAUCGUAACAGAACACGUGCAGCUAUUGCAAGUCAUAAAGAAAACAGAAAUGGACAUGAGUCUUCACCCACUCCUACAAGAGAUCUACAAGGACUUGUAUUAGCAAAAGAGUCCUAAAUCACUGACAAAGCUUCCUUCCUCAAACUGCACUAUUAUUUUGAGGGAAAAUCUGACACCUAAGAAAUUUACUGUGAAAAAGCAUUUAAAAAAAAAAAAAGGUUU